AUGAUCGAUAAAAUCAAGUUUUGUGAAAAAGAAGCAUAUGAGCCUCAGCGUGAUACAGAUUUAGCAGACAUAGGAGUAUACGAGAAAUUACAAGGAAAAGUUUUACCAAAAAGAAAAAGAAUGAAAAUCUCAAUGACCAAUAAUCUUAUGAUGUUUAGAGACGUCUUUUGCAAAGAUGAGGGUAAUUUCUAUUCCUACAAUCCGUGUGUUCCUUUCAUUGAAGGGAGUUGCCGUUCUGCAGCAGUCUGUAUUUUGAACCCAGACAAGUCACAGCAAAUUCAAAUAGGUGACGCCUCUUCGGCAACAUUUAAAGUAGAUGAGAUAGGAGGAAAUGUCGUUGCUACGUACACGUCUAAUCCACACGACUUAAUUGUGUCAAAAGUUAAUUUGGUAUGCGAUCCAAAUGCAUGCGUACCCGUAAUCGAGGCUCAGGGGCAGCAGAAUGACGGAUCAUUCAAAAUGACGCUAACCACAGUUUGCGCAUGCCCGGGGAUGUGUGAUUCAAAUGGUCCAAAAACAAACUGUAGCGUGUGCAAUACGAAAUAUGCUGAAUUCACAAAAAGUUGUGAUCGUGGCUAUGAUGGAAAAGAAGAAGCAAUUAAAGUUUUGAUUAUCAAUAACUGGGACGGUGUCUGCAAGUUUCCGGACAACGACGAUGUUGCUUUCAGUUUAAACAAUGACAAAUCAACAUGUGAAGAUGUAAUUAACAGGUGUAAUCCAAGUCAGUCAUUUUCUGUGAACGGAUACAUGUGCAAAACAGCAUGAAUUCCAACAAAACAGUUUCGAACAAGGCGUAUAUGCUGUUUACGCAGAAAUCUUAACCGAAAGUGGUAUCUUUUUCCUUUCCAAUUGAGCCGUGCCAUGAGAAAACCAACAUAGUGGGUUU